GCUACGCGGUCUGGUUAAUAUUUUUCAUUAUUUCAUUAGAAACUUUUCCUGUUGGAACCUUGACCCUUGCCAGUCGCUUGGUUGGCGCCCUGGACGCGGUGCUGGAUUCCAGCGCCCGGGUCGCUCCCUUUCGGAUCUUACUCCAAGUGCCCGGAUCGCCAGUGUACUCUGCCAUCGCAUGUGGUGCCACCGUAGAGGAGAUAAACCAGCACUGGGAAUGGCUGGAACAAAACUUGCUCCACACUCUGUCUGUGUUUGACAAUAAAGAAGAUAUCGUUAGUUUUGUCAAGGGGAAAGUGAAGGCUCUGAUUGCAGAGGAAACCAGCAGCAAACUGGCGGAGCAGGAGGAAGAUCCUGAAAAGUUCCGAGAAGCCCUGGUGAAAUUUGAAUCCAGAUUUAAUUUUCCCGAAGCAGAGAAGCUGAUCACCUAUUAUUCCUGCUGCUGUUGGAAAGGAAAAGUCCCUCGGCAGGGCUGGCUUUAUUUGAGCAUCAAUCAUCUCUGCUUUUAUUCCUUCUUCCUGGGCAAAGAAUUCAAACUCGUCAUUCCUUGGGUGGAGGUCCAGAAGUUGGAAAGAACCUCCAACGUCUUCAUGGCCGAUACGGUGCGCGUCACCACUGCCACCAAGGAGCGGGACUUCUCCACGUUCCUCAAUAUCACCGAGGCCUUCAGGAUCAUGGAGCAGCUGGCGGAUGUCACGCUCCGAAGGCUGCUGGAUAAUGAGAUCUUUGAGCUGGAUCCAGGCCUGCAAGAUCCUACUCAGAUUACGAAGAGGGAUCUCGAAGCCAGAGCGCAGAACGAGUUCUUCCGGGCCUUCUUCAGGUUGCCCAGGCAGGAGAAGCUCCAUGAAGUUGUGGACUGUUCUCUGUGGACGCCGUUCAGCCGCUGUCACACCGCRGGGAGGAUGUAUGCUUCAGACACCUAUGUCUGCUUUGCCAGYAAAGAAGACGGCUGCUGCAAUGUCAUCAUCCCACUUAGAGAGGUAAUCACCAUAGAAAAGAUGGAGGACACGAGCCUGCUUCCCAAUCCCAUCAUUAUCAGCAUAAGGAGCAAGACUGCCUUUCAGUUCAUCGAGCUGAAGGACCGGGAUACUUUGGUGGAAAACUUGCUCCAGAGGCUAAAAGAAGUGAAUUCCUGCAACCCAGCGCACUGUAACAACUUGAGAAAUAGGAAUCAGAGCACUCCUGUGUUUGGAUCAACGUGUGUGUUCAGGGACUGUGASUCCGAGGACGUGGGAAGAGAGGACAAAAGUGAGUGUGGAAAGGAGAGCAGCUACCUGCUCARUGCAGAAGCGCUAAGGUCAGACUUCCAUCAGUCAGGAGGGGCAGGCCUUGACUUUGGAAAGUCUAGGGAGCAAAUAAAAGAGAGUCUGUGGGACGACCACUUCGUCGAGUAUGGCAGGACCGUGUGCAUGUUUCGCACGGAGAAGAUCAGGAAGCUUGUGGCUAUGGGAAUCCCGGAAUCCCUAAGGGGCAAACUCUGGCUGCUCUUUUCAGACGCCGCCACGGAUCUGGCCGCGCACCCGGGCUACUACGGGCGCCUGGUGGAGGCCUCCAUGGGCAGGUGCUGCAUGGCCACGGAGGAGAUCGAGCGCGACCUGCACCGCUCGCUGCCCGAGCACCCGGCCUUCCAGAGCGAGGCGGGCAUCGCGGCGCUGCGCCGCGUGCUCACCGCCUACGCGCACCGCAACCCCAGGAUCGGCUACUGCCAGUCCAUGAAUAUUCUGACCUCCGUGUUGCUGCUGUAUGCCAAGGAGGAGGAAGCCUUUUGGCUGCUGGUGGCUGUGUGCGAGCGGAUGCUGCCYGACUACUUCAACCACCGAGUGAUAGGUGCCCAGGUUGACCAGUCCGUGUUUGAAGAGCUUAUCAAGGAGCAGCUCCCGGAGCUGGCCGAGCAUAUGAAGGACCUGACCGCCUUAGCCUCCAUCUCUCUCUCGUGGUUCCUCACCCUUUUCCUCAGCAUCAUGCCCCUGGAAAGCGCCGUCAACGUGGUCGACUGCUUUUUCUACGACGGGAUCAAAGCCAUCUUCCAGCUGGGCUUGGCCAUCCUGGAAGCCAACGCRGUGGAUCUGUGCAACAGCAAGGACGACGGCCAGGCCCUGAUGAUCCUCAGCAGGUUUCUAGAGCACGUGAAGAACGAGGAGAGUCCUCUGCCCCCCAUUGGCAACCACCACGCGUUCUUCAGUGACGACGAGGAAGCCUCUCCCGUGACGGAAAUAGCUAACCUGAUUCAUGAUUCCUAUGAGAAAUUUGGAGACCACUCAGUGGAGCAGAUAGAGCACAUGCGCUACAAACACAGGAUCCGUGUUCUGCAAAGCCACGAAGACACCACCAAGCAAAAUGUGCUCCGAGUUGUCAUCCCAGACGUUUCGCUUCUUCCUGAAGAUUUAGAGGAGUUGUAUGACUUGUUCAAGAGGGAGCAUUUCCUCAGGUGCUACUGGGAGGCGGCGGGCGGCGCGGGCGAGCGCCACGACCCGAGCAGGCCCUACGCCGAGCAGUACCGCAUCGACGGGCGGCAGUUCCGCGGCCUCUACGCGCUCCUCUCGCCCUGGGCGUGCGGGGAGCACACGGCCGUGCUGGCCGAGAGGACCUUCCGCCUCCUGGACCGCAGCGGCGACCGGCUCAUCGAGUUCAAGGCGCUCGCCUCCUGCCUGGAUGUUAUGUAUAACGGAGAAAUGAAUGAAAAGAUAAAGCUGUUGUAUAAGCUGCAUAUCCCGCCUGCUCUCACGGAAGAUGAGAGAGACAGCCAGUCACCAUUAAAGAAUCCUUUGCUGUCAACUUCAAGACCACUGGUUAUUGGAAAAUCAAACGGGGAUGCAGUAGAUUACCAAAAGCAGUUGAAGCAGAUGCUUAGGGACCUUGCCAAAGAAAAGGAUACUAAAACUGAAAAGGAAUUGCCAAAAAUGAGCCAGAGGGAAUUCAUUCAGUUCUGCAAAACCUUGUACAGCAUGUUCCACGAAGAUCCGGAGGAGAGCGACUUAUACCAGGCCAUUGCCACCGUGACCACGCUGCUGCUGCAGAUCGGAGAGGUGGGACAGAGGAGCCUCAGCCUGGGCAGCGGCUCCGAGGAGCUCGCCGAGGACGCGCAGCCCGAGGCCCCGGCGACAGAGCCGGACGCUGUUUUUGUCGACACUGUGAAGACCCCUCCCCAAGACUCGCACCCCUCCCCGGUGGCCCAGGGCGACUGGACCGUCUCUUUCGAGCAUAUUUUGGCCUCCCUCCUGACCGAACAGUCCUUGGUGAACUUCUUUGAGAGACCCUUGGAGCUGAAGCCGAAGCUGGAGAGCGCGAAGCUGAACCAGUACAGCCUGAAGGCGAGCGCCGCGGGCUGCCCGGCGCGAGGGGAGCACACGAGAGCGGGCGCGCAGCAGUAGCUGAACUGGCACCAGGGCACAGCYGCCCCGGGGCUCCGGCCCGCAGCGCGCGCCGCGCCAACACCUUGCUGGCCUGCCCCGGCCAGCGGCAGAGCUUUAAAAGCUGAAGGGGGCGCAGGUUGUUGCGUGCCCUUGAUUCAUGACGCUCUUCUGAAUGUAAAAGGAAACAUCUGGCUGCAGUGUGAAGAUGCUGCAGCCCUCUUCUCUACGGGAGAGCACAGGCUGGCUCCAUUUCUAUAUUUUUUUUUUAAAAACGGGGAAAACACUUCUCAGCUACUGUCUGCAGUCUGUUUGGGUUGCCUUUUUUGCACUAAUACUGAAAAACUUGUUUCAAUGCUGGUAAUUGAAACUAUUUUAAUAUAUUUGACCAUAGCCCAGUUUUAUGUCUUGCUGAAAUGUUAAGUGUACAUGGACUGUGCUCUUGAUGUUGGUCUGUGAAAACAUGCACUUUUCAAUAAACCCUUUUUGUACUAGA